CUGCGCAGCGCCGCCUUAUGACGUCUCACUAACCAAUGAGGUUGUGCGUAUGCGACUACUACGUCAGCUACCCGGAAGUUCCCAAUGUCAUCUGGUGUGAGUAGGCACCGGCUUUAAAGAAGCCCAUUUCUAUUGCAGCUCACUUGGCUGCCCGCCUUGGAAGCCCUAUUGUUUCUUCCUCAGCAAUGGCGUUGGUGGCUGGUUCUGCGGCUUAUCAGGUGCUCAGAGGUGUUACUGGAACGUUCCCUACUCAGUCGGCAACAUUACUGGCGAGGGCCCCUGCUUUGUGCACUGGUACUCUGAAUAGACGGAGAAUGUCUUCAAGGCGACAGACCGACCACUUGGAGAGGACUGCAAAUACGUUUAGACAAGAGAUAAUCUCACCAGCCAAAGUCUGUGGGAUCACCAAUGAAUCUGCAACUGUGAAAAGAGUGCGCCUUGCUGUUGCCAAUAAGGAAUUUACUUUUAAAGCAGGGCAAUGGGUAGAUUUCUUUAUACCUGGUGUCCCAAAAGUGGGGGGCUUCUCAAUCUGCUCCAGCCCAGGCCUUUUGGAAACAGAAGGAGUAUUGGAAUUAGCUGUGAAGUAUAAUCUUCACCCUCCAGCUCAUUGGAUUCACUCCCAGUGCACUCUGGGAUCAGAAGUUGCCAUUCGUGUAGGUGGGGAAUUUUGCUUUGACCCUCUACCUUCUGACCUUCCUUUGGAUCUUGUUCUAAUAGCUGGUGGAGUGGGAAUCAAUCCUUUAUUUUCUAUACUGCUACAUGUUGUGGAUCUUCACAAGAUGCGUGAAAUUACUGGGAGAUGUUUCCAAAUUGGCCAUGUGAAACUCAUUUACUGUGCCAAAAAUACUGGCGAGUUGUUAUUUAAGAGAAACAUUCUUGAUUUGGUGAACAGCUUUCCUGGGAAGAUCACAUGCAGCUUUCAUGUCACGCAACAGAGUUCACCAGUUUGUCUACAGCUCCAGCCGUUUAUCACUGAGGGAAGAAUCACUGAAAAGGACCUGGCAUCAUAUGUAUCCACAGACCAUCUAUGCUAUAUAUGCGGACCUCCUCCAAUGAUUAAAUCUACGUGCCAACAGCUAGAAAGCCUUCAUAUACCAAAGGAGCAGAUUUUGUUUGAAAAGUGGUGGUAGCAGCAUAUCAACAGAGGAAUGCUAAGGACUACAUUAUCUCCAGUGUGCCCUUCUCUUCCUGCGGAUUUGACUUUCCUGACACCCUUGUGAUUUUUAGACCAUUUUUUAAAGGCCCCGUUUGAUGUCAGCGUUAAGGCAUUACUCCAAAGGAUGAAACACAAUCAGUUUUUUGUGUCUAUUUUUCAUAUAUAUAUAUAUAUAUGCAGUUUGUAAGGAUAGCUUGAAAUGUCGCCAAAACCCUUCCUCUCCAUUCUCCAUACGCACACCAAUCAGAAACAGUGGGAAUUCAAGCCCAAAAAAUGCUAUCUGAGAAUUCUAUAACCCUAAAGGCAUCAUAUAAAAAUCCAAGCAAUUACAGAAGUACAAUAAGCCCUUGAAGAUACAUGGACUUGAGUAUAUCAGGCUCAUCGUUAUUUAUUUAUAUUGCGGAAGCAAGUUCGACUGUACUCUACAACAAUUCAUAACAGAAGUAGACGUAAAUUGAUAUUGCAGUAUGCCAAUAGGAGAGAGGGAUGUGCAAAUAUAUGUGAAUGUAGUAAACCACUUGCUACUUGUGUGAAUGCUGCCCUUGACCCAGGAUAAACAUUAUAGUAAUACAAGUAGUAAGCCAUUUAUUAAAACAUUUAUUUGGUUCAUAAACAGAUUUAGCCACACAAAAAAAGAAAUGUUACCAUACUAAAAGGACUGAGGUGCCUCUGUGCUCCAUGGGCCCUGAGCUCUUCCGUCCAAAUGCGCUUCAUAUCACAGGACGCUUCAUCAGAGAGGGUGAAAUGCGU